GGAAGUGGGAACUGAGGCAGACGGACUGCAGUGACCGACUGUUUUGCACUGAACUUUGACUAGAAACGUUCAUGAUCUUCAAACUGUGAACUUGAAAGUGAAAGCAAAGUUUUAAGCAGCUAGUGCUAGCAAGCGUCUGCUGGUAACGAUGGCAUCUACCUCUUUUUCUGAAGAUGACCUCACCUGUCCUGUGUGCUGUGACAUCUUCAAGGACCCUGUUGUCCUCUCAUGCAGUCAUAGCAUCUGUAAAGUCUGUCUGCAGCAGUUCUGGGAAACUAAAGGAUCCAGAGAGUGUCCAGUCUGCAGGAGGAAGUCAUCAAUGGGACAUCCUCCAGUCAGUCUGACGUUAAGGAACUUGUGUGAGUCGUUCUUACAGGAGAGAAGUCAGAGAGCUUCAGCAGGGUCUGAGGUGCUCUGCAGUCUGCACAGUGAGAAACUCAAGCUCUUCUGUCUGGAGGAUAAACAGCCUGUGUGUCUGGUGUGUCGAGACUCCAAAAAACACACUGGCCACAAAUUUCACCCUAUUGAUGAAGCAGCCCCUGACCAUAAGGAGGAGCUCAAGAUCAAACUGCAGCCCUUACAGAGGAAACUGAAGACCUUUGAGGAGGCUAAAGUGGCAUGUGAUAAAACAGCAACACACAUCAAGACACAGGCCCUAAACACAGAGAAGCAGAUCAAGGAGGAGUUUGAGAAGCUGCACCAGUUUCUACGAGAUGAAGAGGCAGCCAGGAUAGCUGCACUGAGGGAGGAAGAGGAGCAGAAGAGUCAGAUGAUGAAGGAGAAGAUUGAGAAGAUGAGCAGAGAGAUCUCAUCUCUUUCAGACACGAUCAGAGCCAUAGGAGAGCAGAUGGGAGCUGAUGACAUCACAUUCCUGCAGGUAAGAGCUCCACUGUCUGUAAAGGUAGCCCAGUGCACACUGCAGGAUCCAGAGAGGGUUUCAGGAGCUCUGAUCAAUGUGGCAAAGCACCUGGGCAACCUGAAGUUCAGAGUCUGGGAGAAGAUGCAGGAGACUGUUCAGUACACUCCUGUGACUCUGGAUCCCAACACUGCAAAACCCAAUCUCAUCCUGUCUGAGGAUCUGACCAGUGUGAGACGUGGUGAUGAGAGACAGCAGCUUCCUGAUAACCCAGAGAGAUUUGAUAUGUGGUCCAGUGUCCUGGGCUCUGAGGGCUUUAACUCAGGGACUCACUGCUGGGAUGUGGAGGUUGGAAAGAGCACACGGUGGAGUCUGGGUGUGAUGGUACAGUCUCUCCAGAGGAAGGGAGACUACACCUCCAUGACUGGACAGUGGUAUGUGGGGUAUUAUGAUGGCAAAUAUAGUGCACAUGCUCCUCCUCAUGCCUCCACUCUCCUCACAGUGCAGCAGAAACUCCAGAGGAUCAGAGUGCAGCUGGACUGGGACAGAGGAGAGCUGUCAUUCUCUGACCCUGAUAAUAACACACACCUACACACUCUCAAACACACUUUCACUGAGAGAGUGUAUCCAUACUUUAAUGGUAGUGGGAUGUCUCUAAGGAUUUUACCAGUGCAGGUCUCAGUUAGAGUAGAGCAGCCCAGUUAGAGCUGAUAGUGGCUCUGUGUGGACCAGAACUGAUCAGCAUGAGGAGAUGAAUCAGUUAGAGGAGACUCUGAGGACUGAGAGAAAUGUCCAGCACUCUCCACUCCAGACACUCUGACUUUUUUAAAUUCUCAGGUUUACUGUGCAUGUGAUAAUGUGCUGUCCCUGUCCGUUCUAUGGAUGUCACUGUAUCAAAUCGGUUUUAAAAUGGAUAAAAGUUCAGUAACGUGUAACAGGGUUGUGAGUGUUUCAGUUGACUGUCUGCUGCAACAAUAAGCUCCCAUUGUAAUCAGUGCAACUGCCUACUCCAGACACAUUCAUUUGAAAAAAACUAUGCUCUGCAUAAAGAGUGCUUCAGUUACGUGCUCAGUGUAGCCUCCCUGGAACAGAGGAGCUACACCAGGCGCGUAACUGCGUUCCGCUUGCGAAGUGUGAAAUCCAUUUUAGAAGACUCGUCUAUUUUUUUGGAAUGUACUGGUCUGGUGCAGCUACUUCCAUUGAUUGCAGUGAUUAUUAACUGCUGCAACAUACGCGUUGCGAACAGAAUGCGCCUGGUGUAGCUCCCCUGUAAGUCAGUGAGUAGAUUCUGUUUCCAUGGAAACAGUAUGGCACAGAAUGGCUAUUGAACUACAACAGUUUCAAAUUAAUUUCCUAAUCAUGGAGAUCAUUCAAUUGUAUUGUGUUUUUUUUUCUGAUGAUGUAAUUAGAUUGGGAACAUCCAAUGGAGGCGAUUGUCAUGGCGAUUGUCAUGGUAAUGUUUAACUAAUUAUAUAAUUUUCUGCUAUCAAGAGACUCUCUUGAAAUGGCACAUCUCAGGUUAACAUGUGUUAAAAUGUGUGAUUAUAACCAAUGAACAAU